UUGGCCGCCAUUUUGUUUCGUCUGACCGGUUUUUUGUGUACUUCUUCUCCUUCUUCUUAGUUUUUUCUCCUGCUUUUGCUCUUGUAUUCGAAAAUAGUUAGACUAUUUUACAAUGUUUUAUAAGCACAACUCAUUUAGUGGCAGAGUAGCCGCCUCAGAGGCUCAAGCAACCUACCAUCCAGAAGGUUUCAACACUUUAAAGCCCACAAGUGCUACCCAAGUAUCACAGCCUGCCUCUGCAGCCACCAGCGAAAGUAUUUUAAAUCAAAUUGUGAAAUUUCAGAGGAUUUUUCAGAGAGGAGAUGCACCCAUUCACCUGAAGAAAGGAGCUAAAGACCUGCAAACAUACAGAGGAGCCAUGGCUUUGUCUCUCGCUGGACUUGCCUUGACGUUUUUUGCAAUAGGACAAAUGGCAACGGGAACAAUGAAAAAGAAAAAAUAAGAAAUUUUUUUAACUUCCUAUUAAUCUUGCAACUCAGUCAAUCCAGGCAUUUGUUUUUGCUUCUGUAACAAAACUUAGAUUGACUAGAGUCAAAAUGUCUAAUUUUGGAUUAUUAUUUUAUCUGUGGUGAUGAUGAAAAUAUAUUUAAAUUAACAUAACUUGAACAUUUGCUAAUUUUUGCUGAGACGUAUCAGGUGUUUUUGCAAUAAAAACAUUUGAAAGCUGCAUGGAAAAAAUGAUAUUUGCAAAAUUUCAAAAGGCUUUAUGUUAUAUUAAACUGCAUUACAUCUGUUAUUGUACACAAAUAAACUAAAUUGUACAGUU